UCUGUCCCGUGUCUGUCCGCUGCUGUACACCGUUAGUUUUGCUCUAGAAGCAGCCGUCUUUUUCGUGGUAGUUCACUCGUGGAAAUUGUCACAUUCGUAAUUUUUGACAUAUUUCACAGAUUUGUCACAGAUUUCUCACGUAGUCUUUCAAAACAGAUUCUACGCUGACGCCAGCGACCUGAAAGCAGUGCCAUUCGAGUCAAUUUCAUUGUGCCACUGCGCAACUGCCAACCUAUAAUUACAGCCAAGUUGGUGUUCUGAAUCAGUAUCUCAUCGCAUCAUAAUCAGAGACUUAAGUUCAGAAUAAGAAAUACAAGCUUAAAGCCUCUUACUUUCCCACAGCCAUUCUCUUCUAUUUUCAAAGCGUUCGAGUUUUUCCGUCAUGAUCAAAAGAGAGGGCGAACCGUUCCCCGACUACUCGCACCCGUCAGAAGAGUCCGACAACGAGUUCCAGCUGUCGGGCCUUCUCCAUUCCACCUCCAUCGCUGCGUCCAACUCCUCCAACACAUCGAACAACAACAACGGAAACAGCAACCGAGGAGACCAGAAACGUAGACGAGUCACCAGAGCAUGCGACAAUUGCCGUCAGAAAAAGGUCAAAUGUGAUGGUAAACAGCCUUGUAUCCAUUGCACUGUUUAUUCGUACAAAUGCACUUAUGAUCAACCCAACGUCAGAAACAAGAAGCAUAGCGGAAUACCCAUUCCGACCGCGCUGCCAUCUUCCGCAGUUUUAGCCGCCGCCGCUGCCAACAUUGCCAAUUCUAACGGAAGCAACAGAAACCUAUUGCUCGCCCAAGGCAUCAUCAAGUUGUUGCUUCCCAAGUUGAAGAUCAACUGCUUCGACCACAACUUGCAGUUUGACUUGGAAAAGUUGCAGAAAGUUGUCAACCACAUCGACGGAAAGUCGUCUUCCGCCUUGAACGAUAUCAGUGACGUCUACUUGGACAACGCUCCCUUACCAUCUCCCAGUAAUCCAGGAUCUAUUCGUCACGAACGGCAAUCAUCCGUGUCUUCCUCUGACGAAACGACUAUGGGAACAGAAAUCAAAUUAUAUUUGCCCAAGAAAGAAAUCGCCUUGGACCUCAUCUACACCACAUGGAACAAGGCUUGUGUUUUGUUCAGAUUCUACCAUCGUCCAUCGCUUCUAGAAGAAGUAGACCUUCUUUACUCUUUGGACCCGUACAAUUACGGCGACAGACAGCAAAAAUUCUUGCCCUUCUUGUACUCGAUUUUGGCCUGUGGAUCUCUUUUCUCCAAGUCAGCGACAACAUCUUCUGAUCGUAACGAGAACUUGGAAGAUGAUGGGUUCAAAUAUUUCUUGGAAGCCCGUAAGUUGAUCGAUAUCAGCAAUGUAGGCGAUAUUAACUCCAUCCAAACCAUUGUCAUGAUGAUAAUGUAUUUGCAAUGCUCAGCCAGAUUAUCCACCUGUUAUUCGUAUAUUGGUAUUGCCUUGAGAAGUGCUCUCAAAGAAGGGUUGCAUCGUAACUUGACCAUCUUCCAGAACUCGCGAAGGAAAUUGGACCCAAUUGAAGUCGAUACCAGAAAGAGACUAUUCUACACCAUCUACAAGAUGGAUAUCUACAUCAACUCCUUAUUGGGCUUACCCAGAUCCAUCAAUGAAGAUGAAUUUGACCAGGAUUUGCCUGAAGACUUGGAUGACGAAAACGUCACUCGUACAGAGUACUUGUACGACAAACAAGAAGGACGAUUGUCGUCAUCUGCAUGUGCUAACCAACAUACGAAGCUAAUGCUUAUACUUUCACAUAUCGUCAAGAAAUUGUAUCCAAUCAAAGUGAAGACCACUGAAAAGGAAUCGGUGACCCCAGACAGAAUACAUUCUAAAGUUACUGAAUUGGAAUUGGAAUUGAAGACUUGGCUAGAUGCAUUACCAAAAGAAUUGAAACCUACUGAUCCCAAUGAUAUCAACUCAGGUAAAGAGAUUCCAGAGAAAUUUGUAUUAGCCAACUACUACCUUCAUUUGGCAUUUUUGAACUGCCAAAUCAUGUUGUACCGUCCCUUCAUCCAUUUCGUCAGCGAUGGACCCAAUAACUUUCAAAAAUCCGAUCCUCGUUCGUUGAUUAGAGGUAGAAACUGCAUCAAGGUAGCCAGAAUGGUCGUGAAGUUGGCCAACAAGAUGAUCGACAAGAACUUGUUGGUGGGAACAUACUGGUUUUCUAUGUACACUAUUUUCUUCUCUGUUGCAUGUUUGAUUUACUACUUCCAUUUCGCAAACUAUAAUAAUACUCAAAGUGGUGGUGCCAACUAUGUUGGUGUUCUCUUUGACGAUGAUUUAAACAUUGAUAUGAUCAAAAAAGACAUCGAGAUCGGUAAGAAGGUGCUUGAUUGUCUUAAGAACAACUCCAAUGCUUCAUUGCGUAUUUUCAACAUCUUGAACACAUUAUUUGAACAAUUGAAUAGAAGAACAGCCACCACUUCACGUUUGAAGAAUACUAGAGUGGUAGACCCAUAUAUCAUUAACAAUAACUUGCAGAACGAAAAUGUUCAAUCUACAUUCAAGAACUUUGACAUCAUGAAUAACUUUAAGACAGGGGGCGCAAAAUUGUCAGAAUCCUCCAAUGUGGUUACCAGCGAUAAGAAUCCUUAUGCUCCGUACACUCAACAAGAUCCACUGAAGAAGUCCGAGGCUCUUGGUCUGUUGUUUACCGAUACCUCGUUGGAAGCAUUCCACUCUUCUAAUGAUCCUGAGUUGGCUGCGGUUGCCCCUACUGUACCUUCACUUCCAAGUAGUCUUCCAACUAUUGAAGAACAACCUGGAAUCACGAAUUCAAAUACUACUGACGAAGACAGAAACGACUAUGUUCCUGGUGUAUUUGACAAGUUGGAUGCUCAAAUCUUUGGCAAGAUCUUACCUCCUUACAUGUUAGAGAAGAAUGCCCAGAGGUCACAUGACAAGUCUGAACAAGAGCGUAUUCCAGCACUUGCCAAAGCUGCUCUUUCACAAUACCAGGCUCAGGUUCCUUCCCUGUUGAAUGACCAAGCCUUUGGCCUGGUGAACUUAGACGAUUUUGAUUUUUCUCUGUUGGGGGACCCUAACAAUCUUGACUACUUGGACCCGUUUAAUAAUGAAUCGCAGUUCCGUUACUGAGAAUUACGAAAUUUAGGUUUAACUAUUUAUUUGUAAUGUAUAUUAGUACCAGUU